AUGACGACUGUUUUGAAGAGUAGUCUGAGAAUCGGGCGGCUAAGAAGCAUACUAGAGAGAUCAGUUCCUAACGCAAGCUUAGCACGACAUUCCUGGGUGGUCAAAAGAUAUCAAAGUACUACAGACCAAAAAGAAGUUAACAAGACAAAGGAAAAAUCGAGCAAUGGCGGAUAUUUCAAAAAGGCGCUUUUAACCUUUUUAGUUCCGUACACUGGGUACGCACUUUACAUCAUUACUCAGGCUAACGCUGAAAUAAAUGAGCGGGAAAAGCAAGUAAAGCAACACAAAGAUGAUAAGCACUUCAACGCAACAUUGGUCAAGUACUCAACGCUUGAAGUACUGGGUCGUUUUGCCAAUCCUUUCAAAGAAUAUCGUGUUCUCACGGCUUUUGAGUUUUCGCUUAACCGCGUUCUUGAACUUUUCGAGCGAAAUCGUGGUGGAAUUCCUACCUGUGAGCAUUCUAUGGAUGAACUCAUGCCCAUUCACUCGCCCACAUGGGUUAAUAAUGACCAAUGGAACAGGAAUGAUUCCACGGAACUAACAGUCCAGAUACUGGACGCAAAUCAGAAUCUCGGCUCGCAAACUACUGACGGUUCACAAGAUCUACCUGUACACUCCACAUGGCUAGGACAAUCGUGCAAUUUCGUGGUAUACAAUGACUUUAAGAUUCUUACUGAUCCACUAUUUACCGAACAUCUAAUCCAUGAGACACUAGGCCCUAAGAGAAUCACUAAAAUGCCCUCAGAUAUAGACCAGGUUCCAACUCCCGACAUUAUACUGGUUUCGCAUAAUCAUCCUGACCAUUUGGAUUUCAAGAGCAUGGAAUUUUGGGGUUCAAAUGGGAAAUACCACCCGCUAUGGGUCGUACCUCAAGGAAUGGCCCAGUUCAUGAGGGAUCACGAUGUAAAUAAUGUAAUCGAGCUCUCCUGGUGGGAAACUGCGCAAAUUGAGAAAGGUGGCUCGGUUUACAAUGUUUCGUGCACACCGGCGAUGCAUUGGUCAGGCAGGUCACUCGUUGAUACCAACCGGUCUCUUUGGUGUUCAUUCUUAUUUUCGCAUAAUGCAAAACCUAUCAUGUUUCAUGCGGGGGACACCGGAUAUGUUUGGGAUUUAUUUAAAAGAAUAAGCAAUCGCUACGGAAGAGGAGUCAAACUGGCCUUACUUCCCUGCGGUCAAUAUUGCCCUGCGUGGCAUCAAAAACCAAGGCACAUAAAUCCAGAAGAGGUGCUGAAAAUCAAAAAGGAUCUUGAAGCUCAAAAUGUGCUUGGUGUUCAUUGGGGCACAUUUGUGUUAAGCGGUGAGUAUUUUCGCGAGCCCAAGGAAAAGCUUGAAAUGUUGGCAGAAUGGGAAGGGGUAAGAGAUACAUGUUACUGCCCAGAAUUGGGGAAAACCGUUACCUUCAAAUAA